AUGAAGCUGUCGUACGUUCUCGGCUUUGCUGCUAUGGCUGCGGCCACGACUGCCACCAGCGCUGCCUCAGCGAUGGCGAAGAAAGAAUGUGUCGGGAACCUGCGGGCCAGCCGUCGACUGGGUGGCAGCAAAGGGUUUCCUUCUGCAGACGGCGAGGGCCUUGCAGCUCUAAAUCCGAACCCCACGGAGAGCACGCUGCAAGAAACUGGGGAGAAAGAGAACCCGAAGGUUGGCCUGACAAAGGGAGGGGGUGACGACAAGAGCGGUGGGGACAAAGAGAAGGAGAACCAGACGACGCAGGAGAACGUGGAGCAGGAGAACCCGAAGGGUGGCCUGGUAAAGGGAGGAGGUGGCGAGAACAGCGAUGCGGACAAGGAGAAGGAGAGGAAGGCGAAAGAAGAGGAGAAGGCGAGGAAGGAGAAAGAGAAGAAGGAAAGAGAGGAGGAGAAGGCGAGGAAGGAGAAAGAGAAAAAGGAACAGGAGGAGAAGAAGGAGAAAGAGCGAAAGGCGAAAGAGGAGGAGAAGGCGAGGAAGGAGAAAGAGGAGAAGGCGAGGAAGGAGAAAGAGGAGAAGGCGAGGAAGGAGAAAGAGGAGCAGGCGAGGAAGGAGAAAGAGGAGCAGGCGAAGAAGGCGAAAGAGGAAGAGGCGAAGAAGGCGAAAGAGGAAGAGGCGAAGAAGGCGAAAGAGGAAGAGGCGAAGAAGGCGAAAGAGGAAGAAGCGAAGAAGGCGAAAGAGGAAGAGGCAAAGAAGGCGAAAGAGGAAGAGGCGAAGAAGGCGAAAGAGGAAGAGGCGAAGAAGGCGAAAGAGGAAGAGGCGAGGAAGGCGAAAGCGAAGGAGGGGAACGUGGUGCAGGAGCCACCAAACAAUACGACGGAGCAGAGUACGCCGGAUAAAGCGGCGACGAAGGGGACGGAUAAACAGAAUGGGGAGGACGAUCCGGAGCAGAGUACACCGGAUAAAGUGGCGACGAAGGGGUCGUAG